CAGACAGCAUGGUGCCACGUCAUCUUUACGAGACCCAGCUGGUUUGUUUUAUUAUGAAGUCUGAGCGAAAGUUUCACUGACAGCGGGUUGUUGUUGUUUUUACCGUUUUGUCCUGUUCAGGAUCCCUGGAACAAUGUUGUCUGCAGAUGUUUUGACGUCUUUGCCCGGACAGAUGUGGGAGACGGUGCUGUCGAAGGUAAACAGAGCGGUUGUUUUCCUGGACGGGCCGUGUGCGGAGAGCCUGCACUGGAGCGGCGGGGCUGCUCUUCUGUUCGGGGCUGGAGCGCGCAAUGUCAAGAGCUUUUCCAGCUUCGAGGCCGGAGCAGAGAACGAGCCCAAAGCGGUGUUCGUGGUCAGCACGCUGCUGAAGGGAAGAACCGCGGACAUUAUAAAGGACAUCGUUGGUCAGAGCCACUUCAGGUGCUGCGUGGUGUUGACGGCUGUGCCGCACUCUGUGCACCUGCUGGCUGAGGGAGGCCCCGGGCCCGAGCUGGAGGCCCGUGUGAUGUUUACACGCUUCCAGGAGAAGCUGUGUGGGUGGAUGGGCGACGCCGAGUACACAGCAGAGGUCAUGCAUGCUCCAGUGCACUUCUCCAGGGUGUCUCCUCAGCUCCUGAUCACACCCGGUUUCUCAGACCUGUUCCCGCUGUUGGGCACAGAUCUCACAACCAUCAACAAGAAGAGGCCGGAGAAACGGCGCUUCUCCAAUCUCACCGACCUGGACAUUCACGCGCUUCCUGAAGAGCUGCAGGUGAAGAUCAGAGCUCUGGCCUCGGCUCUAAACACCCUCUUCGAGUCCUCGAACACGCGAGAAGAAAGCUUCACCGUGGGCCCCAUGAGUCGCCUGAUUGCUGCCGAACUGGCCAACCAUCCUCAGGCUAGAAACCGGAGGAAAUCCUCUGCACACAAAGCCUCUGUGGUCUUCAUUGACCGAACUCUUGAUCUCACAGGAGCUGUCGGACAUCAUGGUGAUAACCUGGUGGAGAAGAUCUUGUCCGUCUUGCCUCCGUUGCAGGGUCACGUGACUGAUGUUCAAGUGGACAUGCUGGAGCUGACGCAUCUUCAGCGCACACCGGAGGCACGGGGUGUCCUGGCACCUGGCUGCCUGGGACAGACUCAGUCUGCCGGAGCGCGGUUGCUAUGGGAGACGAUGCUCGUCGCUAAGCAAAAGGAGGCGGUGAUGGAGGUGAGGAGGCAGCUUGUGGAGGCAGCCAGCAAAGAGAACCUGCCAAUCAAAAUGAGUCUGGGCCGUGUGACAGGUGAGCAGCUCUCCUCGUAUGUGCAGUUGUUUAAGGACAGCUGGCCGGCAUUAGAGAGUCACUGUGGACUGUUGCAGCUAGCGCUAGGUACCGCUCAGACACUGCGCCACCCCGCCCUCGCCCAGUGGGACGCCUGCCUUGCCUUUGAGAGACUCCUCCUUCAGGCGCUGGGAGAGUCCAAACUAGCAGACGUCCUGAAGCAGUUUCUUCCCCUCAUGAAGUCCAGGAGUGCCUCUGGGACUGGUUCAGGUUCAGCUGAUUUCAGCAUGGAUGAGCUGCUGCUGCUGUUGGUGUACGUGUACUCUCUGGCUCAGGAGACGCAAGCAAGUGGAACGCAGGAUGAGAAGAAGGUGGAGAGAGAGAUCAUCGGGGCGCUGACACUUUUACUCACCCAGCAGACCACGCUGAGUCCUUUGGUGCAGGAUAUUACAGGAGUCUCUAGCCCUGAGGAGCUGACGACAGAGCGUGCACACACAGCAUUGGAGCGUGUGUUCGAGACAUUAAAGAGCCUGGGCCGAGCCCGUGAGCACCUGAAGCAGCUCCGCUCUGUAUACAGCGCUGGCGAUGGUUCACACCAGGCGACGUAUCGUCCAUUCAUAAAGCAGGUUCUGGAGGAAAUCUUCAACCCAAGCCGACCAGAGUGCCCAGAUAUAGAGCAUGCUUCUGGAGGACUUACCGACCUGCUAAAGACUGGUUUCAGCAUGUUUAUGAAGGUCAGUCGGCCCCAUCCGAGUGAUCAUUCAUUGCUGAUUCUCUUCAUGGUGGGUGGAGUCACUGCAUCGGAGCUCCGCCUUAUCCGUGAGGUCGUCUCUACGCAUAAGACAGGGACACAGGUUUUGGUGAUCUCGACAAGGCUACUGAGGCCAGCUGAUAUUCCACACCUGCUCUUCAGCACUGACAGACUCUCACCUGAUAUAGGAGUGUGAGAAGAGAAAGCAGAGACCACACACUCCUGAAGACACACACAUUGCAGACUAGAAGCCUGUGAGAUAUUUUUACUUACCAGACACCAACACGAAUGCUUCUGUAGUGUGCGUGUAUGCUUUGGUAAAAGUGUGUAUUUUGCUCUAAAGAGACUAAAAAAAAAAAAAAAGUACGCUGGAGGCAGAUGCGAAGGGCACUUAAUUUGUAAGCUGUUGAAAUAAAUACGAGAAUAAAUGCAGUGUGGGGAUGGUGUUCGACGUGUUGGUGCUCACA